AUGGUGCGGUUGUCGAAGAGCAGAUUGCGGGCGGAAUUGGGUGGCGGAACGGCGAUGCGGCGUCCGGCGGGGCAGCUACCGGUGCUGGGCUUGCGAAAAACAGGCGGGCGGCGAAUGUGGCUUCAGGCGGGCAGAAGCGCCCCCGCCUGUCUCACCCCGAGCUCAUAUCCUUUCCAUCAUCUCCAUCCUUGGCUUUGCUGCGAGAGAAGGAACGCCGAUGGAGUCCGUGCUAAUCCGUCUUGCUCGUCCCCUCUGCUCGCGGAAGUGGGAGACCUCUGCGGCCCGAGAUCUUCAUCGACCGCCGCAACGAGGAGGGCGUCGGCGCCGUCACGGCGGUUCGCCCCGGUGGUGCGCUGCUCUUCCCGGGGCAACGCGUGCAUACCGAAGCUCGAGCCCUUCAGCAGGACCAGGCUUGAGCGCGGCCUCAGGGAGCCCCCCUUGAUCCAAAAGUGCGAGAACGAACUUGCUGAUUAUUGUUCGACGCUCGAAGGGGACAGCUCGUACAGCUACUGGAGAGCUUAUUUUGAACCGAAGGACCUCGAGGUAAGUCUGCAGAUUAGCUCGCCGCCGCCACCACCUCCAAAAAUGCCGUUUUAGCAAGUGAACAGGAUGUUCGGUGAUUUCACAGCAGAAGAAACUCUAAAGUAAGAGGAUAUUGGGUAAGAAGCCAUGCUCUUGGCGGAGGACAGAGA